CGGGGAAGUUGUAAGUUGUCAUAUUAAAUCUUUUCUGGAGUCAUAACUAGUUAGAUAACCUCCUUGUUUAGUCCGAGUUGAACGUGUCAAACCGGAAACACGGUUCAUCGACCCAUCCGUUGAGUGUGAAAUAGCUGUGGUGCUUUGUGAAGAUGCCGUGUGAGAGGAAGCCGAUCCGCUUCGUCCACUCGGAGGGACACACCGAGGUCUGCUUCGAUGACUCUGGGAGGUUCAUUGUAACUUGCGGGAACGAUGGAGACGUUCGGAUAUUUGAGGGUCUGGAUGAUGACGAUCCAAAGUUCAUCGCCGUCGGGGAAAAGGCGUACUCCUUUGCACUCAAGAACGGCAAGCUGGUGACAGCAAGCUCCAACAACACAGUGCAGAUCCACACGUUUCCUGACGGUGAUCCCGAUGGCAUCCUGACCCGUUUCACCACCAACGCCACACAUGUGACCUUCAACAGCAGCGGCUCCAGAGUUGCUGCUGGAUCCAGUGACUUCAUGGUGAAGGUGGUGGAGGUGUCAGACAGCAGCCAGCAGAAGACACUGCGGGGCCACGAGGCGCCCGUGCUCAGUGUCGCCUUUGACCCCAGAGAUGACUUCCUGGCGUCUGCCAGCUGUGACGGCUCCGUCGUAGUGUGGAAUAUUGAGGAGCAGUCUCAGCUUAUCAGUUGGCCUCUGCUGCAGAAGACCAACGACGUCAGUAAUGCAAAGUCCCUGUGUCGGCUGGCCUGGCAGCCCGGGACGGCAAAGUUUAUAGCGGUUCCUGUGGAGACAAAGGUGCACCUGUACGAGCGAGGGUCCUGGGAUCAUGUCAGCACUCUGUCCGAUGAUCUGCUGACUCAGCUCAUCAACGUGGUGGCCUGGUCUCCAUGUGGGCGGUUCCUGGCAGCUGGCAGCGUCGGGGGUUCACUGACGGUGUGGGACGUUAACAGCAAGCUGUGUGUGGAAAGGCAGAAGCAUGAGAAGGGCUUCACAGUGUGCGGUUUGGCCUGGCAUCCGUCAGGCAGCCAGCUCGUCUACACAGACACAGAAGGCGGCCUGUGCCUGCUGGACGGACUCAGCACCUCCACAUCCAGCACCAACACCACCAAACAGGCACCGGCUAAAAAACCAGCAGGAGACUACGACGACCUGUUUGAUGAAGACGAUGACAGACUCAUGGACGAAGGGCUGAGUGACACCAACUCACCGGUUAAGAAACUUGUCACCGGGGACGAGGACGAUGAUGAUGAUUUCCUCAUGCCUGCAACUGGGCGGGUGAGGAACAGAGGGGCGAUCCUGGAUGAUGAGAACUCAUUGGACACUGGAUCACUGCAGCUCGGUCAGGACAGAUUCGGGGACGAUGAUGACACAGGCAGCACCGUGGCUCCUGCAGCUGCCCCGCUGGUGCCCCUGCGUCCCGUCUAUGAGGGGCCCAUGCCAACACCUCCCCAGAAGGCCUUUCAGCCAGGAUCCACCCCUGCACACCUCACACACCGCUUCAUGAUGUGGAACUCGGUGGGAAUCAUUCGAGGCUACAAUGAUGAACAGGACAACGCCAUCGAUGUGGAGUUUCACGACACAGCUGUGCAUCACGCCAUGCACCUCACUAACUCGCUGGGUCACACCAUGGCUGAUCUGUCGCAGGAGGCCGCGCUGCUGGCCUGCCCCGGCACAGACGAGCUUGCCAGUAAGCUUCAGUGCCUCCACUUCUCGUCAUGGGACACCAACAAGGAGUGGAUGGUGGACCUGCCGAAGGGCGAGGAUGCGAAGGCGGUCUGUCUGGGUCAGGGCUGGGCAGCGGUUGCCACCAGUGCGCUGAUGCUCAGACUCUUCUCCAUCGGCGGGGUCCAGAGAGAAAUCUUCAGCCUGCCGGGGAAUGUGGUCUGCAUGGCUGCACACGGAGAGCAGCUGCUCAUCGUCUACCAUCGGGCUCCUGGUUUUGACGGGGAGCAGGCUCUGGGUGUCCAGCUGCUGCAGUUCGGUCGAAGGAAGAGGCAGCUCAUCCACGGGGAACCCCUCCCACUGUCUCACAAAUCCCACCUGUCCUGGCUCGGAUUCACUGCAGAGGGUACCCCUUGCUAUGUGGAUUCGGAGGGGGUGGUCCGGAUGCUGAACCGCUCCCUUGGCAACACAUGGACGCCAGUGUGUAACACCAGAGAGACCUGCAAAAGCAAAUCAGACCACUACUGGGUGGUCGGAGUACAUGAGAACCCUCAGCAGCUCAGGUGUAUUCCAUGUAAAGGCUCCAGGUAUCCUCCCACUCUGCCCAGACCUGCUGUGGCCAUCCUGCCCUUCAAGCUGCCUCUGUGUCAGACGUCCACAGAGAAAGGACAAAUGGAGGAGCAGUUCUUGCGUUCAGUCCUCUUCCACAACCACUACAGCUUCCUGUCAUCCAGCGGCUACGAGAUAGACGAGGACGGACAGAGUCAGUCCCAGAAGGAGCAGCAGGAGCUGCUCAUGAAGAUGUUUGCACUGUCCUGUAAGCUGGAGAGAGAGUUUCGCUGUGUGGAGCUGGCGGAGCUCAUGACCCAGAAUGUGGUGACUCUGGCCAUUCGAUACGCGUCCCGAUCCAGACGCAUGGCCCUCGCACAGCGGCUCAGUGAGAUCGCCCUGGAGAAAGCCAACCAGAUCCAGGAGGAAGAGCAAGAGGAGCAGGAGGAGGAGCCAGAAUACACCAGCGCCAGACGGCCCUCUGGGUACGGCCAGAGUGAGGUCACAGCAGGACGUCACAGCAACAGACGUUAUCAGGAGGAGGAAGAGGAGCAAGGAGAAGAGCUCAGGGAGGAUGAAGAGGAGGAUGGGCAGGAGAUGGAGAUGGAGGAGGCAGCAGAAACCAGAAAACGUGUGAAUCCGUUUGCUAAAGAAGCAGAUUCACCUGUGACGCCGUCUCUGACACCAAUUGGCAAAGUAGGACGUGCAAAUCCUUUCAAGGUCCUCGGAUCAGGGAAGCCCUCGCCUUCGUCAGGUCCGCCUCGAGUGACAAACAUCCUGGACAACAUGACAACCAUUAGGAAGCCAUCUCCACUCAGCGGAUCUGCAGGGAAACAAAGCAAAGGCCCCGUCCUCAAACCGCUGGCCCCAAGGCCCAAAACAAAGACUCAGUCCACCUUGCUGCAGAUGACUGGCACAAAGACGGCCAGUAAGAAGUCUCAGGAGAACACGGAGCCGGCUGUGGAUCAGCAGAAACAACCAGACGUCCCACCUCCAGCUCCACCUGCAGACAACACUGAAAACCAGAGACCGAAGACGGGCUUCCAGCUGUGGCUAGAGGAGAACAGGAAAAAUAUCACAGCUGACCACCCAGACCUGGAAGAGACUGAUAUCAUCAAAGAGGCAAUGGGACGCUUCAGGACGCUGACAGCAGAGGAGCGACUGUCGUGGACGGAAAGAGCAAAAGGCCAAAGUGGAGACACAGCAGAUCUGAAGAAGAGGAAGAGAGCUGAAGGAGGAGGUACAGAAAAUGAAAAUGGACAGGCGGAAGCAGAUGAAAACAGUGCCAAGAAGAAGAAAUCUUUGGAUCCCUCCUCCAAGCUGUCGGCCUUUGCUUUUAACAAAAACUAAAUAUUCUGAGAGUUGUUGUUUGUGUGUUCUGGUGCUGAUGACGGCGUCAUCCUGUUAAAUGUGUUUGCUGUGUCGAUAAAUGUGUUCUCUGAACUUUGAGGCACUUAAUCAGAACAUUCAAAGCCCUUAAAAUGCCUCCAGAGUUAGUGAUGGAUCAGUGACGUUCAUCCAUUGUCACUUGUUUUGUCUGUUUUUUACAUUUGUAACAUUUCUAAAAACCCUUUACUGUAUUUUAUAAAUUGAAUAAAUGUAAAUGUUUGU